AGAGCCCGAAAAGGUAACAUCGUCGGCGUGCGGCUGUUGGCGGGCGGAGAUGUUUAUCACAUGGCAGCGCGCCGCUGACAGCACUCCGUCUCUCACCGCCCUCGCGGGAGCGUAGCACUAUCUUUACACUGCCUCGCUACCUGCCCCGCGCCCCGUCCAGGUGCGUCACGCACCACCAGCUAAUACUGUGCCACUGACCAAUUUACUCGAUCGUAUCUUAAACUGAGAGAAAAAUAAGAGUGAGCCAUCCAUGACCCAGACUCGUGAGAUUCUUUAAUCCGUCUGAUUCUGAAGUUGUCGCCGUCACCACACGUUGGUCCCUUGGCUCACCCCCGCUGCUGCCUCCGUCUGCACCAUCUGCGGCAGGUGGUGAGGGAGCGGGCGGCCGUGGGUCGUAAAGGACAGGAUGAGCGCCAAGGACUCACACGUGAAGCGGCCCAUGAACGCUUUCAUGGUGUGGUCUCGUGGACAGCGGCGGAAGAUGGCCCAAGACAACCCCAAGAUGCACAACUCCGAGAUCUCCAAGAGACUAGGUGCUGAGUGGAAGCUGCUGAGUGAUGCUGAGAAGAGACCCUUUAUCGAUGAGGCAAAACGACUGAGGGCGCUACACAUGAAGGAACACCCCGACUACAAGUACCGACCCAGGCGUAAAGCAAAGAGUCUAGCCAAGAAGGAUAGCAGGUACCACUUCCAGUUGCCAAUGUUCCAGCCAAUGCUUGAAGGUUUCCGUCCCUUCUACGCACCGCAUCACCUACUGGCGCCCCCGGGAGUACCUGGAGGACCACCGGACAAGUCCCCUGGAGAUUUAUCCCGCUCCAUCCUUCCUCCCCCUCCCCUUUUCCCUCCACAUCUCUCUGGCCUCCACUACCCGCCCAUGGAUUCUGUUGUCCUCUCGAGGAUAAACUCACCCGAUGCUCUGGGACUGUCGAAGCUGCCCACCUCAGAGGCUCUAUCGCUGUCCAAAAUGUCCUCCGUCGAGUCGUCAUUGUUCUCCCGACUGGCGCCACACAAUGUGUUCGAUCUGUCUAGGUUGUCGUCGCCGCCUCACAUGACCUCGCCGCACCUGGCCUCGUCAUCUGGGCUGGCCACGUCGGGGGUUACCGCCAGUCUAAACUCUGGUUUAUCGUCUCCCAUCCCUCACUCAGCGUCGCCGAACCUAACACCCUCCAGCCUGGCGUCUCCGAUACCCAAGUACCCGUCCGAGGUAUCCGCCACAAGUGUUCUUUCCAGACUACCGCUGGAUAACCCUUACCUAGGUCUGACGGCGCGAGACCUGGAUCACCUCCGUUUCCAACAACUCCACACUCUAGAGAGAGAAAGAAGAAUCAGAGAAGAGCUGGCAGUGUCUCCUCCGCCCUCCAGAAGCAGGUCACCAUCACCGUCCAGCCCUAAGAUUGAUGUCGACAGUCGUUCCAGAGAAUCCAGUCCUGCGAGAAGCCCACAUGAGACUGACGAAGUCGAUUUUAGGAGAAUUCCUGAACUGAUCAGUCGUGAAGAAGACCCAGAAGUCUCCAACAGUAAUGACUCGAGAGCUUUCGUCAGGUAUGGUGAACGGAAGACUUUCAACGUCAGCCCAGAGUCUCCCAGCGGCAAGUGUCAGGCGCCGUCCCCACCAGGAGCGCUGCGCCUCCCUUAUCCCUUUUCCCCCGCCGCCCUCGCCACCAGUCUCUACUCCUCCGCCCCUCACCACGCCGUCGUAUCCUCACCCUCCGUCGUCGCCUCUGCAGCAGAUAUGGCCAGAAAUUACUUCACCAGCUGCGUGUACCCGUCGGCAGGAACCAUGGGCUACCCGCACGACCCACGGACCGCCCUCUCUUACCUCCUGGUGCGCCCUGAGGCCAAAUAUCUCUCCUCACCCACCCUCACGCCCUCGCUGACGCCCACACUGACCUCCGCGUCGCCUCCUUCCGUCGUCCAGUGAAGGCAGAAGAUAGUCGCUAAAUACCCAGGCUUAAUGGGCACCUCAGCACCCCCUCCCCUUCUCCUCACCAUGUUAAGCAUCGGCUAUCCUUGAAGACACCGACGGCGACGAAAAUGACUACUCGCUGUUACCAGAGGGGCUACUGAACUCUCACUACACCAUGGACUACUACUACUACUACCACCACCACCACCACCACUACUACUACUACUACCACCACCACCACCACCACAACACCACUGAAAGGACCACCACAAGCCCCUUUCCAUCCUCGUAUUUGGUGGUGAGAGCUUAACCAGUGCCCAUCAGGUAACCACACAAACAGCCACACACCUGUAUAUAAUGACGUAACAAAGUGUCGCCAGUCACCUGCAGGAAGCUGACCCAGGGAUAAUUACCACCUGUGUAUAAACAUAAUAAACCUGAGUAAUUUACAAAAGAACCCCAGAAAAAAAAUAAUAAUUAAAAAAAAAAAAGUCUUGCUAAAUAUUCAUAUAUGUGGUAAAAUACAUUAUACAGUAGAGAGAAAAAAUACCUUAGAUGUGUAUGAUAGAAUAUACAACUUGUAGAGAGGAAAAAAAAUGGUGUUUAAUACUUACUGAUGGUGUAUAGAUAAUCGCCUGUGUAUAAUUAUAAUAUCUUGUUUUUAAUGAACAUAAUAUAAACCGUAUUUAUAUUAUGUGUGAAUAUAUGUGCAAUAUUUUCUGAUCUUAUUUAACUGUAGACACUUAUUCGCUAUAUUGAUAUAAUGUUAAUGGUGUAUUAUUAUUAUUAUUAUUAUUAUUAUUAUUAUUAUUAUUAUUAUUAUUAUUAUUAUUAUGAGAUAUAUAAUUCAUCGUUCCGUUUCUUUGUUUGUUUGUCUGAAGAACUUUAACAGUAAUUGCUCCUUCCUCUAAAAUGCUGCGUUUCUUUCCCAAAAUACAUAACCUCUCACAUAAAAUACAUUACAUCUCACUUAAAAUACAUUACCUCUCACCUAAAAUACAUUACCUCACCUAAGAUACAUUUCUCACCGUUAAAAUGUACUGCUCUGCGUCACCAACUAACUGAUCAGCAGCACAAACAGUGACCACAGCUGUGAUAAGACCUACUUCACUGAUUCGUCUACAUUACGUAUCGACUGAGCUAAAUUAAACCACUUAAAUAACUCACUGGUCUCUCUCUCUCUCUCUCUCUCUCUUCCUCUUCUUCCUCUCUUGAUGUUUCUAUUUAAUAUCAGAUCAAAACUUCAUAAGGAACAGCCGCCACCGUCCUCCCUCACAGCCACUGGGUUACUGCCAAUGUAAACAAAGUCACCAGCGACGUGAUCAUGGCUGGAGUCUCACUGUUUUCGUUUUUGUAAAUGAAUCCACCGCCAAUUUGGGAACGCAAGAACGAACCCGAUUAUAGUAGUGUUUUCAGGUAAAUUCGAUACCACUAAGCUAAAAUUUCUGUAGUAUUUUUAAGUGGGAUAAAUACAUAGAUUAUAAGACGAAGAGAGUUGUGGCUGUUGAGGAAGAUUGUGGUUACUGGGGAAGAUUGUGGUUACUGAGAAAGAUUGUGGUUACUGGGGAAGAUUGUGGUUACUGAGAAAGAUUGUGGUUAUUGAGGAAGAUUUAAGGGGAAGGAGUAAUUGUCGUUGAUAGUCCAGAAACCUUUUUUUUUUUCUAAGCAUUUAUUUAUUAGGUAAUGAUCGGUCGUUGUGUAGAGCAUGUGUGUGUGUGUGUGUGUGUGUGUGUCGUGUUACCUGUGUUAUCUAUGUCUCUACCAUGAUGUAAAUAGACCUUUUAGAGAUGUAAGUCUGUAGGAUACAUUAAUAAAGAAGUGAGUUAUGUUAUCUCCUCAAUCGGAAUGUAAAGUAAAAUAAAUAAUCAAAAUAUAAUUGAGGACUUUUUGAUAGGAAGAGUUUAUGUGUGACAGACCAAGACUCGGCAGUUAGUGAUCACAGCUCCCUGAGACUCGUAUCUUGUCGUGCUGAGGGAGAUAAUGUGCUCACCUGACCACACCUUA